CGUCUGCUUGGUUGAGGCAGAAACUAGGCAUUCCUUGUCACAGCACAGCAGCCUGUGAUUCUUUUUGGUUAGCAAAUUCCUCGGCGUCCAGGUCUGGAGUUUUUUAGAAGCAAUAAGUAGAGGUUCCGCGUCGUUAGGGUUUCGCGUUGAUCGAAGCCCGCCAAGGGAGCAGGAUGGCGAAUAAGGGAGCGAAGAAGCGGAAGGAGGAGAACGAGAAGCACCUGAACCGGCUGCAGAAGCUCAUCGUGACCGUCAAUGCUAUUUACAUCCUCGUGCGUCUCUCGCUCUUCUUCGCCUCCUUCACCUGGCGCCACUGGAUCGGGCUCGUUAUAACCACAUUCGCUUACAAGACGUGCUUCGACCAGAUCGCUUCUCUUGCCGAAGCCACUUAUGACGAGACAGGCCAGCUGAUCGACGGCGGUAGCGACCUCAACAUGGGCGGUCUGUGCGGCUACCUGCACGACAUCAUCUACAUCACUGCAUUCGUCCAGAUCUCCUCCAUUCUCUCAGACUGGUUCUGGCUCAUCUACCUCAUUAUCCCAGCCUUCGCUCUGUGGAAGCUGUGGGAGCUUGUCCUCUACCCCUACUUCUUCCAAAAAGUGGAACCUGGGGAAGAGGAUCCAAGGGAUAGGAAGAAGCGAGAGAAGAUGGAGCGCAAGGCUGAUCGGGCUGCGAGACUAUCAAAGGGACGAUGAUAGCGUAGAUGCAACUGCACAAUGCAUAUUAUGAUGCUUAGUGUGAGAUUUAUUAUCCCUAUAUUUACAGAUGCCUCCAUUCGUGUGUUACCAAUCAAUGCGUAUGAUUCUAAAA